AUGAUGGAUCCAUGUUCAGUUGGAGUCCAGCUUCGGACCACAAAUGAGUGCCAUAAAACCUAUUAUACUCGUCAUACGGGUUUCAAGACUUUGCAAGAACUGUCAUCAAAUGACAUGCUUCUGCUUCAACUGAGAACUGGAAUGACACUUUCUGGGAACAAUACAAUUUGCUUCCAUCAUCCAAAAGUUUACAUCGACAGAUUUGAGGAUUUGCAGAAGUCAUGUUGUGACCCAUUUAACAUACACAAAAAACUAGCCAAAAAAAAUUUACAUGUAAUUGAUUUAGAUGAUGCCACUUUUCUGAGUGCAAAAUUUGGAAGACAGCUUGUAUCUGGUUGGAAGCUUUGUCCAAAAUGUACACAGAUAAUCAAUGGAAGUGUGGAUGUUGAUUCUGAAGACCGGCAGAAAAGAAAACCUGACUCAGAUGGAAGAACUGCUAAAGCUUUGAGGUCAUUACAAUUUGCAAACCCAGGAAAGCAGACUGAAUUUGCUCCAGAAACUGGUAAAAGAGAAAAAAGAAGGCUUACCAAAAAUGCAACAGCUGGUUCAGACAGACAAGUGAUCCUGGCAAAGAGUAAGGUCUACGAUAGCCAGGGUCUCCUGAUUUUCAGUGGAAUGGACCUCUGUGACUGCCUCGAUGAAGACUGCUUAGGCUGUUUCUAUGCUUGUCCUGCCUGCGGUUCUACCAAAUGUGGUGCCGAAUGCCGCUGUGAUCGAAAGUGGCUGUAUGAGCAAAUUGAAAUAGAAGGAGGAGAAAUAAUUCAUAACAAACAUGCUGGAUAAUUUGUGGUGUCUGAUUGUGACCCUUUCUGUAUUUCUAAAGUUCUAUAAUUCUAAGAUACAUGUUAAAGUUUGUUUUGCCA